AUGUUCUUUUUGAACAAUCCGUUGAAUUAUAUGAGGGAUGACACUGUGAAGCAGGCAGUUAACAUCUUCAUGUACUUUUUGAAAGAUGAGUGUGGCGACGAACUUCCUGUUGCCCUUUGUGGUUUAGGUGCACUAUGUGUCAACCAUAGUGAGCUCAUGCUUGGAUCCCACAUCAAGGACAUGUACCACAGAUUCCUCACAACACAUGAAAUCAGUACCUGCAUAAAAAUACAAGUCCUGGAAAACAUAGAAAUGUACUUGGAAGAUGUUGAAGAUCGUUUGAUUAAGGAGGAUAAGAAAUGGACAGAAAUUUCUCACACCCAAAGCCUGAAAGAACGCGGUGAAAAGUGGUCUGGAGUGGCAAGUGCUGUCAUUCAGACAUACUUAAAGGAUAUAUUAAAUACAAACUUUCAUCACAACAAUCAACUGCGUUACACUGUAUUUGAAAUUGUUCGAAGGAGCUUGUCUCAAGGACUUGUUGAUCCUUUGCAGGUGUCUUCAUCAAACUAA